GCGCAUCGCCAUUUUCCUGUUGUUAGCUAAAGCCAAACUAAUAAGCUAGCUGAGAGGAAUCAGCCAACGUUUCUGUUGUUGAACGCCAGACGUCCAGACUGAUCGCACAGAUAAAAGCCUGUGCUCGUCCACCUCUCUCCCGUCAUCAUGGACGAGGAGUACUACAGCGGAGGAGCCGGCGACUGGGAGGACGGGGGCAACCUGGAUGGCUACGUCGAAGGAGAAAAUGACGGCAAAAUCCAGGAAGACUGCCUGAAGAAGUUCUCCAGCAGGGAUUACAUCAUGGAGCCGGCGGUCUUCAACACCCUGAAAACGUAUUUCCAGGCUGGCGGUUCUCCGGAAAGCGUGAUCUCGCUCCUGUCGGAGAACUACUGCGCCGUGGCCCAGACGGUCAACCUCCUGGCAGAGUGGCUGAUACAGAUGGGUGUAGAAGCCGGCCAGGUCCAGGAGCGCGUGGAGAACCACCUGAAGAGCCUCCUCAUCAAGCACUUUGACCCCCAGAAGGCCGACUCCAUCUUCACGGUGGAGGGAGAGACGCCGGCCUGGUUGGAGCAGAUGAUCGCCCACACCACCUGGAGGGACCUCUUCUACAAGCUGGCCGAGGCCCACCCCGACUGCCUGAUGCUCAACUUCACCGUCAAGCUGAUCUCGGACGCGGGCUACCAGGGGGAGAUCACCAGCGUGUCCACGGCCUGCCAGCAGCUGGAGGUCUUCUCCCGGGUCCUCAGAACCUCCCUGGCCACGCUGCUGGACGGAGGGGAGGAGAACCUGGAGAAGAACCUACCGGAGUUCGCUAAGAUGGUGUGUCACGGGGAGCACACCUACCUCUUCGCCCAGUCCAUGAUGUCCAUCCUGUCCCAGGAGGAACAGGGCGGCUCGGCCAUGCGCAGGAUAGGCCAGGAGGUGCAGAAGUCGGCCCAUCAAAGGGGCCACGACGCCAGCCAGAUCACGCUGGCCCUGGGGACGGCGGCGGCCUACCCGCGGGCAUGCCAGGCCCUGGGAGCCAUGCUGUCCAAGGGGGCCCUGAACCCCGCCGACAUCACCGUGCUCUUCAAGAUGUUCAGCAGCAUGGACCCGCCCCCCGUGGAGCUGAUCAGAGUGCCCGCCUUCCUGGACCUCUUCAUGCAGUCUCUGUUCAAGCCCGGCUCCAAGAUCAACCAGGACCACAAACACAAAUACAUCCACAUCCUGGCCUACGCUGCCAGCGUGGUGGAGACCUGGAAGAAGAACAAGCGUGUCAACAUCAACAAAGACGAGCUCAAGUCCACGUCCAAGGCCAUCGAGACGGUCCACAACCUCUGCUGCAACGAGAACAAGGGAGCGACCGAGCUGGUGGCUGAGCUGGGAACGCUGUACCAGUGCAUCAGGUUCCCCGUGGUGGCCAUGGGGGUGCUGAAGUGGGUGGACUGGACGGUGUCAGAGCCCCGCUACUUCCAGCUCCAGACGGACCACACGCCGGUGCACCUGGCGCUGCUGGACGAGAUCUGCACCUGCCACCAGCUGCUGCACCCCCAGGUGCUCCAGCUGCUCGUCAAGCUCUUUGAGACGGAGCACUCCCAGCUAGACGUCAUGGAGCAGCUGGAGCUGAAGAAGACUCUUCUGGACCGCAUGGUGCACCUGCUGAGCCGUGGCUACGUGCUGCCCGUGGUGGGCUACAUCCGACGGUGUCUGGAGAAGCUCAACACAGACAUCUCCCUCAUCCGAUACUUCGUCACGGAGGUUCUGGACGUGAUCGCGCCCCCGUACACGGCGGACUUUGUGCAGCUGUUCCUGCCCAUCCUGGAGAACGGCAGCAUCGCCGGAACCAUCCGCACGGAGGGGGAGUAUGACCCCGUGGCCGAGUUCAUCGCUCACUGCAAGUCCAACUUCAUCAUGAUCAACUGACGGCCGGCGGGGCUGAUUGUCCCUCGGCGGAGCUCGUAGACGGAGUCCUUCCCGAGGCCGGAGCUCUGGGAGACGCGCGUCCACGGAGACUGAGAGGCGCAGUCCGCCGCCGCCGCCGCCGCCACCGGGGCCUUAGACCGGGGCGCAGGGGGUGCGGCCGGACGCUCCGACGUGAGGCACGCCAGAAGCUCUCGGAAGGCGGCUUCAAAAUGUGCUUUUGGUUCGGUGCCAUACAUGUAUAUUUAAUUUUUUUACAUAAAUGUCUCUACUAGUCGUUUUUCAAAUAAAAUAAUUUAAUGGACUUAA